CUCUGCUGAGUGCCGACUUGCCGAUUGAGAGAUUUCGUUUCGUUUUAUUGAUUUUGAAUGAAUUAGUCUGAAAUGCAAAUUUAAGUAAAUAUAAAAGCUUUAAAUUUCCGAUCGAUAUACGUUUUGAGUCCAAGCUACAAAAAAUAUGAAUCUAAAAGACAUUGUGUACAAACCUUGACCCUCAAAGAUUGACUGCUCUUUAAAGUAAAAAAAACACGUUGCAAGUUGUAUUAGCUGCUUUCAAGACGUCUGCAUAUCUCAAACGACAUAAUUAUAUUUUAAACUGCUCAUAAAAUUGAAACAUCUAAAUGAUACGAGAAUUUUACGACAGUACAGAUGAAGAUGAAAUGGAAAGUCUGUAUCAGAUAGAUCCAGAAUGUUUGGUUCUCACUCGGCCAGAUCGUGAUAUGCAUAACCGGUGUUGCGGUGGCAAGGCAUGGUGUAUAAAGGAUAUAUGUGGAAUAAUAUGUGCAAUACUAACAUGGUUACUUAUACUCUACGCGGAGUUCGUGGUGAUGAUGGUGAUGCUCCUGCCGGGGGUGUCAACGUACCCUCUAUACAGCUACAUCAAUAUAAUCAUCUUUCAAUGUUUCGCAUUCCUGGCUUUCGCGUCACACUUAAGAACAAUGUUCACUGACCCUGGUGCGGUACCUAAGGGGAAUGCAACCAAAGAGAUGAUAAAGCAAAUGAGCUUCCGCGAAGGUCAAGUUAUAUUCAAGUGCACGAAAUGCUGCAGUAUCAAGCCCGAACGGGCUCACCAUUGUUCGGUGUGCCAGCGUUGUAUCAGAAAAAUGGAUCACCACUGUCCAUGGGUCAAUAAUUGCGUUGGCGAGAACAAUCAAAAAUACUUUGUGCUCUUCACCUUCUACAUAGCGGCUAUAUCCAUUCACUCGUUGACGUUAUCCGUGUACCAGUUCGUGACGUGCAUUAAACACGAGUGGCGCGAUUGCAGUACAUAUUCGCCGCCAGCGACCGUCGUUCUUCUCUUGUUUCUGAUCGCCGAAGCCUUACUCUUCGCUAUUUUCACUGCGGUCAUGCUAGGCACGCAGCUCCAUGCGAUCUGGAACGAUGAGACUGGCAUCGAGCAGCUGAAAAAAGAACAAGCGCGUUGGGUCCGCAAAUCACGAUGGAAGAGCAUACAGUCAGUUUUCGGUCGUUUUUCAAUUUUAUGGUUCUCGCCAUUCACUCAACCAGCGCCCAAGACAAAGCUUGAGAGCUAUUUGUAUAGUGUUUAAAAAUGGACGGCCUUCACACGGUUUUAAUCACUAUACUUUAUUACAUAAAGGCUAUGAUCGUUCGUGCGUUACGCACAUGGCAAUACCAAUAACACCAAUGUUUUCUUCAAUGUGUAUAUUCAGAUGUUUAAUUUAUUUCUCUUUAUAAGUUUAAAUGACAAAGUUUAUUUACACCUUUGACUGACGCGGUUUAUAUAUAUAUGUAUAUAUAUAGUGUAGGAGAAGUCAUUACAUACAAGUGCAUUUAACGUUUGUUAUAUGUUCAGAAUAAUCUAAGCGUUAUAAUAUCGAUGUGAUUUAAUAUCAUAGUUAUCAAUGGUGUUGAAAAGGUUGACCACAAAAGUAUGCUACAGAAAUACCAUAUAGUACAAAUAUCUAAAAUGGAAACAGCUUUCAGUGGAUAAUUAUAGAUGUUAGAACAUUUGAAAUAUAUAUUCUAUGUUGGCGAUUGGUUUUAUAUAUAAGCUGGUUAGGAAGCCAACGUAAGCUGAUCCUUCACUCUGAUCUUAAAAAUAUUAAAAUACUUAUCUGCCUAAGUUUUAUUGCAGAUUUUCAUCAUUUGUGACAAAUGUUUCGUGGUUAUUUUUUUUUUUUUUUUACUUGCACGAUCUUGACGCAAGAUCAAAAAUUUCGCAUCAGUUAACUAAAUAAACAACAAUAGAUGUGACCUCCUUUUAAAUUAUAUUUCUAUAUUUUUUAGAUCUGGCUGUAAAACCGAUUGCAUUUAUCUGGAAUGGAUUAAAACUGUAUAUUUUUAUUACUACAUAAAGGCACUGGUUUGCCCUGAAUUAGAUAUUUUUAUAAAGGAAGACUUCUCUAGUACCAUAUCAUUGCUCUAAUUCAUAAUCACAGCUUAAAAUUUGUUAUAUAAUAAAACAUAUUAAAUCGAACUAAAUGAUAUUCUUAUACUUAUAAUAUUGAAAUGAUGUCAAAUAAUAUUUAUUUUAAACGAACGCGAUGUCCUGUGAAAUCCCGUUGGGCCCUGUGGGUUCCUUUCGUUCAGCCAAUUAAGUUUGCAGGCAUAAUGGUAAGAUGCUAAAUCUAAAAUUCUAAACUGUUAAAGACAUGCAAUGAGCGUGAUGUAUGAAAGCCAAGAGCUGUCUUCGUUUACUUUACUUACUUUACGGCAUUUACCAUUAUUGGAAAGCAGGUAACGAAAAAUUGUAUCAUUUUAGCUUUAUUUUUACUCUUCAUUGUAUUUAUAAAAAUUAAUACGAUAAUUAAAAAAAAAAAACAAUUACGAUUUGACGAAGUAUUAAUACUUUUAAUUAUACUUUUGUGGUUAUCUGUGCCUAUUUUUAUCACAUUAAUUGAAACACCGGAUAGAUUUCCGAGCACAUAACAUGCUUAGUUUUUUUAAACAACAUCUCUAUUGAACAUAUUUUUUUUUUAUAAUUAAAUUUUAUUAUGCAACUAUUUCGUUAUAUGUUAUGUGCAUUGUGUGUUCCUCUUUAAUCGAGUUCUGUAAAACUUGCAUUGUUUUGAAAACACUCGUUGUUCAAUAGUAGAUGUUUUAAAAGAAACGCAAAUUUUCACUCGUAGAUGUAUUUAUAGUAAUUAUAUAUUGUCUUUUAAAUACGAUUGAAUUAUGUAUCUCAUGUCUUAUUUGCAACAAGUUUAUAUUAUUCUCCGAUGGCGAUAAUAACGAAAAUAACGUGAGGAAAAAACUUUUAUUUUCAUAACCAUGACAGAAGCCAUUUUUGUUAUGGAA